AUGUCUUUCCAACUUAACUUACCACCAUCCAUGGUGGCCAAGAAAUUGAAAGAAGAGCAAGGAGAGGAUGGAGACGAACCUCGAAAACAGUCUAGAGAAGAAUGGAAGAAACAGCGAGAGCUGGAAGAAAUGAGAAAAGCUGGUACUGCUCCUGCUAUGCAAGAUGAAGAAGGAAAAGACAUCAACCCACAUAUUCCGCAGUAUAUUAUGCAAGCUCCAUGGUAUUUUGGUGCAGAGACUGCAACAUUGAGGCAUCAGCGGCAGCAGGAUGAGAAGCUUCCAGAAUAUGCUCCCUUAGGGAUCAGUUUUAAGAAAGGAUUGAAAGAAGGACCUAUAUCAGUGAAGUUCCGCAAAGGAGCUUGUGAAAACUGUGGUGCGUUGACACACAAGAAGAAAGAUUGUCUGGAGCGGCCUCGCAAGACUGGAGCUAAGUUUACUGGUUCUAAUAUUGCCCCUGAUGAGUACAUAGUUCCUGAUGUUAAACUAGACUACGAAGGUAAGAGAGACACGUGGAAUGGAUUUGAUCCAGAGGAGCAUCAGAAAAAGCUGCAUGAAGAAUAUAGAGAAAUAGAAGAAGCAAAACGAACUUUGAAAGAAAAAUCACUUGAUGAGUCUCUGAUGAAGGAAGGUGAUGGGGGUAAUGAGAAGGAAGCUAAGGGAGCUGACAGUGAUGGAGAAGAUAAAUAUUAUGCUGAAGAAAUGGACAUGCCAGGACAGAAGUUUGAAACCAAACAGAGGAUCACAGUAAGAAACUUGCGCAUUAGAGAGGACACUGCAAAGUACUUGUACAAUUUGGACUUAAACUCAGCAUACUAUGAUCCGAAGACUCGUUCCAUGAGAGAAAAUCCCUUGAAAAACACCAGCAAGGAAGAUAUUACAGAAUUGAAAUUUGGAGGUGACAACUUUGUGCGGUAUUCUGGUGAUUCACAAGAAAUGGCCAAGAGACAGUUGUUUGCUUGGGAGGCAUAUGAGAGAGGUAAUGAUAUCCACCUGCAGGCAGAUCCAACCAAAUUGGAGUUACUUCACAAGGAGUUUGAAAAGAGAAAGAAUGAGUUUAAGAAGACAGCCAAAGAUUCAAUCUUGGAAAAGUAUGGAGGUGAAGAGCACUUAGAAGCUCCUCCUAAACAGCUGUUGUUGGCACAGACGGAGGACUAUGUGGAAUAUUCUCGCACUGGCUCUGUUAUCAAAGGACAAGAAAAGGCAGCGGUGAAGUCAAGAUAUGAGGAGGAUGUCUUUAAUAAUAAUCACACAUCUGUCUGGGGUUCCUAUUGGAGAGAUGGCAAAUGGGGCUACGUUUGCUGUCAUUCCUUUUUAAGAGAGUCUUACUGUACUGGUGCUGCUGGAAAGAAAGCAGAAGAGGAAAGUAACAUGUUGCUUGCUACCACCAGUGACAACUGUGCCCAAGAACAACCAGAAUCCCUUCUUGAGAUGCACCAAAAGAAAGACAAAGAAAAAGCAAACAAGAAAAAGAAGAAACAACAGAGCAGAAAGAAAAGGAAGGGCAAGAAGAAAAGUUCAGAAGAGGAUUCAUCUUCUUCAGAUAGCUCCUCAUCUUCUGAUUCAUCUUCUUCUUCCUCCUCCUCCUCUUCUUCAUCGUCUGAUUCAUCAUCAGAAGAGGAAUCAGAUGAGGAGGAAAGAAAGAAAAAGCUGCUUAAGGAGGCAUUGGAGGCUCAGAGACUACAUGAUGAGAAGAUAUCUAGACUUCUAAAAAUGGAUGAGCGGAAGAGACCAUACAACAGCAUGGUCGACGUGAGAGCCCCAACAGAUGAGGAGAUGGAGGCAUUUAGACUCAAGCAGAGACGCACGGAUGAUCCAAUGGCAGAUUUCCUUGACAAAUAA